CUGGGUAAACUAAGCUGCGAGCGGAGGUUAAACCCUGGGCAUACACGUGUUUCCAGUUCUACCUGUAGUCCAUUAACUGUCGUACUGUCAGGAAGCCCUAAACCCUGAGAGUGAUGUGCUUCUCAGGAGGAGUCUCUGUUGAUGCCGAGGCGCUUUAGCACAAUACAGUAUGAGUGGUCAAAGUGCUGCUGCUGCAGCCUCGAAUGGCAUUACUCCACUCCAACAGAUGGUGGCGUCCUGCUCCGGAGCGAUCCUCACGUCUUUGUUUGUUACGCCUUUGGAUGUUGUGAAGAUCAGACUGCAAGCACAGAAAAAUCCCUUUCCUAAAGGGAAAUGCUUUGUCUACUGCAAUGGACUUAUGGACCACAUAUGCGUGUGUGAAAAUGGCAACUCCAAGGCCUGGUACAAAGCCCCCAGUCACUUCAAUAGCACACUGGACGCCUUCGUCAAGAUAGUACGCCAUGAAGGAGUAAAGGCAUUAUGGAGCGGCCUUCCUCCAACCCUUGUGAUGGCGGUCCCUGCUACAGUAAUCUACUUUACGUGCUACGACCAGCUGUGUGCGGCGCUGCGGGUCAGGAUGGGAGACUUCGCUCAGGAGGCUCCUCUUCUGGCAGGAGCGUUGGCUCGAGUGAGUUCAGCGACAGUGAUCAGCCCUCUGGAGCUGAUCCGCACGAAGCUGCAGUCUCAGAAGCAGUCAUACAGGGAGCUGACUGACUGCAUCCGCUCUGCAGUGCAGUCAGAAGGCUGGCUGUCUCUGUGGAGAGGUUUGGGGCCCACACUCCUCCGAGACGUGCCCUUUUCCGCCAUGUACUGGUACAACUACGAGAAGGGCAAGGGCUGGCUGUGUGAACGAUACAACACCGGACAGCCCACGUUUACAAUUACCUUCAUAUCUGGAGCGGUGUCUGGCUCUAUCGCGUCCAUUGUAACGUUACCUUUUGAUGUCGUUAAAACCAGAAGGCAGUUGGAGCUGGGAGAGCUACAAGCAAAGAACUUGUCCGGCCAGGUCUCCUCCACCUUCAGCGUGAUGAGCAGGAUUGUGGCGCAGAGCGGCUUCGGCGGACUAUUUGCAGGUUUCCUCCCACGGUUGAUCAAAGUGGCCCCGGCCUGCGCCGUUAUGAUCAGCACUUAUGAAUUUGGCAAAGAUUUUUUCCGCGAACACAACCAGGAGAGGAUCCUCCGGCCACUGCAGAGCAGUGACACCUGAUAGUCAGGAGUCCCUUCUCUCCAAAGCCAACACCAGUACACCUGGAGGGCAGAGGUUAAUGUUGCCCAAUUAAAUACACAAGCCAAGAUUGACGUGAAGAAAAUUAACUACUUGUAUCUAUUUCUAUAAAAUAAUUAUUUAUGAGUAUUUAUAAUUUAAUAUAUCGUUAUUUCUUUACUGCUACAAAUUCUGUGCAUACAACUGAAAAGAAAUAAUGUACAAACCAGUGUUCAAAUCACAUGCUUUCUGAUGCAUUUAAUAGCCAGCAGAUGGCAGCUACGUGAUUAUUCAGGUGUGGCUGUCUCUAUGAGAUCAUGUACAUUAGCGAUGUCAAAUUAAUCAAUUAGCAUCCUCCCCUGACACGAGAGAGGAUCUCCAUGUUUUUGAACUUCCAUGCCAAUCCAUUGAAGAGGACUGACACAUGAACCUUUUCAAAAUGUGACGUAUUCAAUAUACAUACCUGAUCUUC